AUGAGUACUUUUAACACUUUGUUGAAGAAAGCAUCUAGCUUGUUGAAAAUUGGAGGUCUGGAUGCAUCACCCCAAAAAAUUGCUUUGGAAGGGGAGGUCACUUUCUGCAAAAAUAAUGUUUGCGUUCAUCCACCAACUACAUUAAGGACAGAAGUUUUUCACUAUCCAGGAUACCUCACUAUUAGAGAACAAACAGAUGAGGUUCUUGGUUCUACACUUAUACUCACUUGGAUUCCAAAUACCACUCUGAAAAGAAACCCACGUAGUUUAGAGAAUAGAACACCCGAAAGUUCUCCUUGUCGAAGUUCAUUUAGCAGCAAGUGCCCUAGCCCCACACCUAGCGGAAGGUUCCCUCUUCAUUUAUCAUUAACUAACAGUUAUGCCGAGAGUGAAAGAUCCAUCGAUGAAGUCAAUGAGGUUUCUGGUCCUGCAUAUUUGAGAGCUCUGAAUGAGGACGGUGCCGAUAGGAGAAGCAUCAGUUCCACGAUAUCGGACAUGGGAAGUCCCCGCGAAGAGUUCGGUAGCUUAGACAGCUUCUCGGCCAGUGACCACACAGAAAUGACUGCAUCCACCAGUUCGCAGGUGGUAUCAGCUGAAGUGGCUCUCGUGGAAACCCCCCACGAGAGUUACAAGUGUGAAGCGGAGAGCAAUAAAAAUAAUUCUUCCACGAAUGAUGCAGGACUGCAGAGUCAGAGCGAUUCCGGCAUAGGCCCCGAAGAAGUCAUUGCUGCCCUCGAGAAAAUGAUUUGUGGCCUUAAUGAUGUUGAAAGUUCCCAUCAAGAAUCUCAGCAAGAAAAUUGCAAUGAAAACAUAGGAGUUCAAAAUGAGAAAACAAUUAAUGAAUUUCUAAGCAAUAAAGAAGUCUCUGUGGAAAGCAAUCAGCCAAUAGAGAUAUGCAAUAAAGAUAAAGAAAAAUUAUCGCUAAAUUUAGAUGUGUCGGAGGAUAAAAAAGAAGUUGCCGCAGAAACUUUGGGAACUCCAGGGAUCAACGUAAGUUCCUUCAGUCCACCUAACAGUAGAUGCAGUUCCGCAACUCCGACCACAUCCAACAGAGAUCCCGAAUCCUUUCCCUCGACUCCAGGAGACUCUCCCUUAAACUCCCCUUCCAGUAAAAUGUCUCAGUUGCUGUUUGUGGAGGGAACGGCAGAAUCUUUAGCUCACGCUCAUAACCUCAGCUUUCCAGAGGAAUCUGUUCACUGUGCCAAUCUCAUGUCUCGGAGAGAAAGCAGUUGUGGUGUUUUUUCCGUUGAUUUAAGCCAAAUGCGAUCAUUACGCCUUUUUUAUAGCAAUAAAGAAUGUACCUGCGGUCAACUCGUGAUAGCAAGUCGAGAAAGCCAGUACAAAAUUCUCCACUUCCAUUACGGAGGUCUUGACAAACUAGCCAAAAUUUUUGAAGAGUUCAACUUUUUAUUGAAAUCAAAAAACAAGAAUAGUGAUAGCUGCCCUUAUCGACAGUUUUCCGUGUGUCGUCCAGAGCUUUCUGCUGCCGAAUGCCAUCCUGAGGAAGGCAUUUACACGAUUAUAGAGGAACAGCGGUGGCGAGAGUUUUUGAGUGAGGAUGGAGUGAUAGAGGAUGAGCUUCAGUUGAGGAAGGAAAUAUUUUUUGCUGGUUUGGACAUUAAACUGCGCAAAGAAGUUUGGCCCUUUCUAUUGCAUUAUUAUAAUUUCCACUCCACAUUUGAUGAAAGGGAGCAGGUUAGAAACGAUAAGUACAUAGAAUAUCAAGCAAUCAGGCGUAAAAGAGACCAAAUGAAUCCUGUUGAUCAAGAUUUCUUCUGGAGAAAUAUUCAAUGCACUGUUGAAAAAGAUGUUGUUCGCACAGAUAGAAGCCAUCCAUUUUUUGCUGGGGAGGGCAAUCCUAACAUUGAGAUUAUGAAAAAUGUUUUGCUCAAUUACGGGUUUUAUAAUCCAAAAAUUGGGUACACUCAAGGAAUGUCUGAUCUCCUAGCUCCCAUUCUCGCUUCGGUACAUGAUGAAUCUGAAGCCUUCUGGUGUUUUGUAGGCCUGAUGCAGAGAACCAUUUUCGUUACAUGCCCAAAAGAUUUUGACAUGGACAUCAAUUUGAAUUAUCUGCGAGAACUAUUUCGUGUGAUGAACAAGAAGUUCUACGAUCACCUCCAUGCAGCGGAUGCCCUGGACCUCCUGUUUGUCCACCGGUGGAUCCUGCUCUGCUUCAAGCGAGAGUUUCCCGAAAUGGAGGCCAUGAAGAUGUGGGAGGCCUGCUGGGCCCACUACCAGACGGACUACUUCCACCUGUUCAUCUGCAGCGCCAUCAUCUCCAUCUACGGGGACGAUGUCAUAGCGCAGGGCCUCAGGGCAGAUGAGAUGAUGGUCCAUUUCAGCAGCCUGGCCAUGCACAUGAACGGGGACCUGGUUCUACGAAAGGCAAGGGGUCUGCUGCAUCAGUUCAGGCUCUUGCCUCGGAUUCCCUGUACUCUCUCCAAGCUGUGUGAACUGUGUGGUCCUGGAAUGUGGGACAGCGGCCAUGUCCCCAUCAUUGACUGUUCAGGAGACCACGGCGAUCACUCCUGUCCCUACGGUGGCCAAGAUCCUACUCUCAGAAUAAUCUAAAUGCGGAUAUUUUUCCAGAAAAACCUACACAAAGAGCAGGCUC